AUGUCGUCGCUGUACGACUCAUCCACGCCCGGGACCAGCCUCGAGAUCAGCGGCACGCCCGUUGCUCGCGGCCAGCAGGCCCGGGCGCCCGCGAGCGUGCGCGGACGGCACCUCGCGAGCGCGGAGACGAGCCUCGCGUCCAUCCGGGCGUCGAUGCGGCAGUCCGGCGACACAGGCGCCACGCCGACGCCCAGCGAGCGCAGCGCCAUACAGGAGGAGCGGGAGAGGGCGCGCCGUGGGUUGAAAGCAGACGACUCGUCGACGAGCAUCGGCGGCGCGUCAACGCACCCGGACUGCGCCGCCACGCCGCGCAGUGACGGCCGCGGCUCGAGCGUGCUCUCCGGCACCCCGUCGCCGCUCGUCGCGCCCCGCGGCGUCCGUCGCGGGCAGAGCCCGUCCAGGCCGCCGUCGUUCUCGCGCAGGAACUGCCAGCGAGCGUCGUCCGCCGCCAGGGGCCCCGCAGCGGCCCCGGCGCCCCAGGGCGCGGACCUGACGGUCAGCGGAGGGAGCUUCACCGUGCACUCCGCGUCCGACCUCUCCGUCGACGACAGCAUCUCCUCCAGCAUCGGGGCCCUGCGUGCCGUCCCCGCCGCGCACGCUGGGCGCGGCGGCGCGGCCGCCACGGCGCGGCCCCCCCCGGACCUCCCAGCCACCGCGUCCGCCGCGUCGCUCUCCGACUGGAGCCGCGACCUCACGGGCAUCGCCAGCAACCCGCCCUCGCCGUCCCCGGCCAAGCCCCAGCGCAGCACGCGCGCGGGUGCCGGGCGCGACCCCGCCCUCGCGGACUCGUCCGUCGACAUCACCGCGCUGUCCGACGUCACCCCGGCGCGGCCCCAGCGGCCCACGCGGUCCGCCGGCGCGCCCGCGGCCGCCACGCGCGCGGCGCCGUCCCUGGCGGAGCGCAUGCAGCGCGUGCGCGGCGACCUCGACCACGCCCUCAGCGCGUCCUCCCUCAACCAGUCGGCGUCCACCGCCGCGCCGGAGACGCCCGCGGCGCGCCCGACGCGCGCGGCGGUGCCGAUCGUGAACCGCCGCGGCCCGCGGACGCCGCUGUCGGACCUGACGGCCAACUCGGAGGGCACGGAGUACCCCACUGACUACUCCCUGUCGUCAGGGCCGCACGUGUCAGUCACGUCGACGCCGGUGCGCGCCGCGGAGCGCCGCGCCGCCGCGCCGCACGCGGAGGACGAUGGCGGAGACGGCGACGACGACGACGACUCCCUGAGUCACACCAGCGGGCUGAGUCAGUCGGUCACGCAGGCAGGCUCCAACCCCCCCGCGCGUGCGCACGCGCGGUACGCCGACGAGGACGAGGACCCGUCGCCGGUGCGGCCCUCCCACGCGCGCCCCGACGCCUCCUCGGACCUCGACCGCACCGCGGCGUCAGCCCCCCGGGGGUCCGCCGCACCCCCCCUGGACUCCAGCGCGUCCAUCUCGAGCUCGUGGCUCGCGGGCGGCAGCGACGACGGCAGCGGCGCGCCCUCGGAGCGAUCCUCGGCGCGCGGCGGCCGGCGCCUCCCGCUGCGCCGCAGCUCCGCCAGCCUCGCCAGCCUGUCUGCGUCCAGCCGCAGCUCCAGCUUCGCCAGCCAGCGCCGCCGCGCGCCGCGCGCAGCAGCGCCGGCGCAGAGCCCGAGGGCCGCGGCACCGAAGCGCGAGGAGUCGGAGGCCUUCGGCGACGCGUCGCUGCGGGUGUCGUCGAGCACGGAGGCGACCGCGGAGGACCCCUCGACCACCGGGGGCUCCGGGCCGCUGCGUCGGCGGCGCAGCGGGGCGCCGCCCGAGGCCGUGGCGUACGGCGGUACGCCGGGCGGGUCGCCCGCGGACGCUGGCCCCGGGGGCGAGGACGACGACGACGUGGGGCGCGUGGUGUCGUCGAUCAGCCCGAAACUGAAGUCGGCGGCCGCGCGGGCGUCGGCCGCGCUCUCGGAGGCGCAGACCGCGAGCCUGACGUCCGCGGAGUUCGAGCGGUUCACGCGGGAGGUGGCCGCGAGCGUCAUCCAGCACUACUGGCGCCGGCACGCCGCCGCACCGCAACGGGCGAGGGAGCCGGCCGCAGCGCCGCACGGCGCCGCCGCGAGCGGGCCGCGCGCCUCGGAGCCUGCCCGGGAUGCGAGGCACGCCGCUGUGCGCGCGGCAGUCGUGCACGGGAGCCCCGCGAGCGCGUGGCAUACAGCGACCGAUGGCGCGGAGGCGUCGUCGUGGGACAGCGGCGUGGGCGCGUUCGCGGGCAUCGAGAGCAAGGCCUCCCGGGACGCCGACGCUGCUUCGACGCCGCGCACGGAGCACGCGGAGGGCGCCGCGAGCGCGCCUGGCGGGGACGCUAGCCCGCCGGAGCCACGGGUGGCCGAGCCAGCGCUCACCCGCAGCCUGGCGGCGCAGCAGGCGAUCGCCGCGCUGCAGGCCGCGAAGCAGCGCAUGCGCGUGCGCCUCCAGAGCUCCGGCCUGUCCCCGGUCCCCAGCCCCCGCGUCACUGCGACGGAGGAGGACGGCGCCGCAGGCAACGGGGACCAGCCCUCGCCCGUGCGCGCCGACGCGCCGUCGGAGUCGCCGGCUCGCCCCGUGCUGACCCCGCGGGACGUCUCGCUGUCCGAGGGCCCCGCUGCGUCGCGCUACACCGACGUGUCGCAGACGGGCGCCGCGGGGGAGGACGGCGGGCACGACCGGGCGUCGCCAGUGCGGCAGGUGCAGGACAGCACGCUCGCGUCGGUCAGCGAGUGGUGCUCGCAGAUCUCGUCGCCGUCGCCGCCGCGCCGCGAGGCGCCCGCGCAGCCCGCCGCGCCCGCGCCGGCUGCGGCGCCCGCGCCACCGUCCGGUUCCCCGCCGGCGCCGUGGCGGCCCUGGGCCGACGCGCCGGCCGUCGACACGAUGGUGGACCUGUCGAUCAGCUCCAGCGAGGGCGGCGCGUCCGUCGCCAUGGCGUCGCUCCGCGCCAGCAUGACCCGCGCGCUCGCGGAGGCGGCGCGCGCCGACCGUGCACCCAGCCCGCCCGCGGCGCCGCAGAACGCGCAGCCGGACCCGCCGCAGCCAGCGACAGCCGUGCACGCGCCUGCAUCGGCCACCGCGCCCGCCGCGGAACCUGCGCCGCGGCCCGCGCAGGGCGCAGGCGCGGGUGUGCGCGACAGCGUGACGGCGGUGAAGAUUCGCUCGAUCCUGCAGUACCUGGACGACGUCGACGCGGCCAUGGACACGCUUCCCGCGCUUUCGCCGCGCGAGAACGGCGGGUCCGCCGGUGCGGCGCCGCAGCGCCCCGCGGCCCGCACCGCCACACCAGCGACGGCGCCGCGGACCAACGGUGACGCGUCGGGGACGAGCACGCUGGACAACACGCCGCUCGGCACGCCAGAGCCGGAGGCGGCGCACGGCGAGGGCGCGGGCGGUGCCCGGGCGGACCCGGCGGUGACCCCCCCCUCGCCACGUCAGGACAAGUCGAGUCAGCUGGCGGCCGCGGUGGUGGGCGGGCUGCGCGAGAAGCUGGGACGGUACGAGCGCAUGAUCGAGGAGGCGAACGGGCGGUGCGAGUGCCUGGAGCGCGCGAACGACGACCUGCGCGCGGAGAUGCGUGCGGGGCUGGAGGCGGCGGGCCGCUCGCACGAGGCGGAGCUGGCGGCGCAGCGCGCGGCGCACGAGGAGGCGCUGCAGCGGCACCUGCAGUUCAUCGACCGGCUGCUCGCGGACAAGGAGGCGCUCGCGGGGAAGUGCGCGGACCUGAACGCGCAGAUCGAGGGGCUGCGCAAGCGGGGGGACGCGCAGGUGCUGGCGAUGAAGGGGCGGCUGCAGGACGAGCUGAAGCGGCACAAGGCCGCGUGGGCGGCCACCGAGCAGUCGAAGAGGGAGGCGUGGGUGAAGCACAAGGAGGCGGAGAUCAAGGAGAUGACGGUGCGCGCGAUGGAGCCCGAGGUGCAGCGGCUGGUGGCCAAGCACCGCGGCGAGCUGCGGCGGUUGGAGGAGGGGUUGCGCGAGGAGCACCGGCUGCUGCGGGAGACGAUGGAGCGCGAGCACGCGGGGCGGCUGGCGGCGGCGCGCGACGAGGCGCAGCGCGCGCGCGAGGACGCGGCGGCGGCGGAGCGCACGGGCGCGGACGCACGGCUGGCGCAGGCGCGGGAAGCGCAUGAGGCGGCGUGCGCGGCGCUGCGGACGCGGCUGGCGGCGGAGGCGGACGCGCGCGUCGCGGAGGUGGAGGCGGCGCGGCGGAAGGACCGCGAGCGGCUGGAGUGGGAGGCGGAGGCGGCGCGGAAGGAGCUGGCGGCAGCGCGGGAUGCGGCGCGGGAGCGCGCGGAGGAGGACCGGCGCGCGCUGGAGGCGCGGCACGAGCGGGCGUUGGCGCGCGCGAAGGAGGAGUUCGACGUGGAGCGCGAGGGGUGGCGCGCGGCGGUGGCGGAGCGCGCGCGGCGGGAGAUGCAGGAGCGCGAGAGUGCGCUGCGGGCGCGCGUGGAGGAGGAGCGGGUGCGCGAGGUGGACGAGAUCGCGGAGCGGCUGGAGGCGGAGUGGGCGGCGCGCGUGGAGGAGGCGGAGCGGCGCGCGGCGGCGGCGGAGCGCGCACAGGGGGAGGCGGCGGAGGCCGAGGUGGCGCGCGUGCGGGCGAUGCUGCAGGCCGCGACGGACCGGAACGGAGCGCUGCAGGCGCGCUGCGAGGUGCUCGAGGCGGCCAAGGCCGACGGCGCGCGCGCGGCGGAGGAGCUCGCGCGGCGCGAGGGUGCGCUGGCGGCGGAGCUGCAGCGGGCGCGCGAGGCGGCCGCGGCGCGCGAGAGCGAGGCGGUGCGGGCGCGCGCGGAGGCCGAGGGGGAGCUGCGGCUGCAGCUGCGGCGGGCGCAGGAGGAGGGCCGGGCGGCGCAGACGCGGAUGGUGGACGUGUUGCGGCGGUGCGAGGACCUCAAGGCGAAGCACGCGGAGGAGGUGGCCGCGCUCGAGGAGCGCGUGCGGCGGGCGAUCGAGCGCAAGGACGGGACGAUCCGCUCGCUGCGCGGGGAGCUGCAGCUCGUGCAGGGGCAGCUCGCGGAGCUGCAGGGGAUGUGCGGAUGA